AAUUGUUCACAAAUCUGUCUAGGCACACCUGUGCACUAAUCAUGGUGUCUAAUCAGCAUCUUGAUAUGGCACACCUGUGAGGUGGGAUGGAUUAUCUCAGCAAAGGAGAAGUGCUCACUAUCACAGAUUUGUGAACAAUAUUUGAGAGAAAUGGUGAUAUUGUGUAUGUGGAAAAAGUUUUAGAUCUUUGAGUUUAUCUCAUAAAAAAUGGGAGCAAAAACAAAAGUGCUGCGUUAAUAUUUUUGUUGUGUAGUAAAGGGAAAAUGUAUUUUUCUACAUUGCUCCAAGUUGGCUAAUAUUACAAACAUUAAUGAUUACAUGACUACAACCACAUCAACUUAUAAUGCAUUUUGAAAAUGGAAAUAAAAAGUAAAAAAAUACAACUGCAAACCACAUAUUAUGGAAUUUCUGUUAAAAUAUAGUCAUAACUGUUACUGCCACUUAUACAUAUUUCUAAAUGCAUGGUUACAAGUACAGAGGACUCAAAAAUAUUUGUGCAGUACAACUAGGUUUUGUCAAAUAUCCUAAAAGACUAAGACAUUAAAAUUUUAAUUUUUAACUAUUUAUUUUAUGAUAUAGAAAAAAAAUGGAAUCAAUGUGUUCAUGUUCUGUAGCAGCUAUAGUCUGCUUGAGUAGACCUAUUUUAAUGUUUACAACUUCCAUAAACCAGCCAUUUUUCACUGCACUCGCAAAUCAAGUCAUAAAGAAAUAUGGGUACCUCUGAAUUGUCACUAAGAAGUUUACAGUUCUGAGAAAAUGUACUUGGUUACUUUAAAUUAUUGCUGAUGUCUAAUUAGGCGGUAGUUAAAAUCCCGAGGCUGAGAUUUAUUUCUUUUGACAAGUUUCUGACAAAUGACACAAAAGCAGUAAGAGGACGAAAACAUUUCCACAUUGCUUAUUCAUUGUCUGUAGCUCAUGUAAAAAUAAUAUGAUUACUACAACAUUAGAAUACUUCUUGGGGGUUCAGGAAUCAUUCCAGGAGCACAUGUGAGUAAAACUUUCACAUAAAAAUACACAAAACUGGUUUCAUGUGUUACACAUUUGACAUAUUUUAACAUUGUUCCAUGUGCGUUACUUGAAAUCAAAUACCAGUGUCAGGAAAAAUACGUCAUUAAAUUACAUUGUGUGUCUUGCUUGAGUAGCCUAAAUUUAGACUGAGUCGAGGAGCAGAGUGUGAACACAUCCCCUCCAAAUACAAACUCAGUGACUCACUGCAUCGGCCUCAAGGGAGAAGUCAUGAACUCCUGUAAUUUUAGCUCUGAAAAUCCGAGUUAUCUUACAGUUCAGUCUGUGUGGGUGAGCGUUCACUCACUGACACAAAUACAGCUCCACCGAGAUUUAGAAACGGCACAGAAAGUAAUCCUUGUUAACAGUAUUCCAAACAAUUCCUGGUUAAAUCUCAAUGAAUAUUUAUCUCCCAAUGCAAGACAUUCAUGGUAUAAUUACCAAUAAGGACUCAAACAGAAAGAGGGGGGGGAACUUAUAUUAUCAGUCAGUUGGACAUUAAUGGUUUGUCAACCACUUUGCUGGUGCACAAAUUCCAAACAAUGUGCAAAUUUUCACUUUUGCUAUUUGAGUAUUUGUGUAGCAUAUUUACCAGAAAGUAAAAGUUACCUUUGGUGUUACAGUGUCAAUAAACAUUAAUUACUUUUUAUAGUCUAGGUAACUGAUUUUUUUUGUGUGUGUGUGUGUUUCUGUGUCAUAUCAUUAAAUUACCCUCUGGCCUCAAAGAGCAGCAGUUAGAAAGCAGCCUUUUAAGCUUACACUAUCACUUUUACAUUCAUGCACACUAUAAAAAGUAGCUCAACAAAGGUAUUAACACCACUUAAAUAAAUACAUGGCUUCAAAAUAAUCAAAUUUACAGAUUUCGAUCAAGUGUUUAAGUUGAAGAUGUUAUUUUGUUGGGUUGGGCUCACAUCAUAAUGUGAGUAGUUGUGUCAGCUUAAUAUUUGUAAUUUAAACCUUCGUUUCUGCAUUAAUAUCAAAUGCAACUUGAUGUAACUAAUUUUAAUAGCUUAAUUUUUCUUCACCUUGGCCUCAGGAUUAGAAGUUCUUAUAUCUUAACAUACCUGGACAAUUUCAGUCAAUUUAGAAUAAUUAAAAAAUAAAUUUGAUUGUAGAUGAAAAACUAAUUCCCCUAACUUGGUGUGAUUUGUUGGUUGACCAUAAUUUCGCUACAAGUUGUGCAACCUGUAACAGUAUUUUUUUUUUUUUUUUUGUUAUUGAGCCCAAACAUUUUUUUUGAGUGCAAGAUGAAGAAGAAAGACGGGAGAGAAGAUUUUGACACAACAAACUACAUAUUUAUUGUGUAUCAUUGACUCACUUGUCAAGAUUUGGGUAUUUUAACCUCAGUAAAACAGUUUUUUUUAUAGGAAAAAACAUGUUUAUUCCCACUAGAAAUCUCUCAAAAGUCAAUAUUUCACUCGGAGUAUUUGCAAUUUCUUGAUUUGAAGAGUCCCUCUGUGCCUCCUUGACUCAGGCAUGCUGAGGAUCAGAUACCCCCAUCCGCCUUCCAAGAAGAGCUCUAAAAACUGCAUGAAAACCAAUAUGACCCCUCAUCUCCUGAGCGGCCAUGCACAUCUGAAAUUGCGUAAAGCGACAGCUAAAAGGCGGAUGAAGAGAGAGUUAGUCCCAAGCAGGUUUCCAGGCAGAGACGACAUGGAUUGCCCUGAGAGGAGAUUGCAUGUAGCGUUCCUCCUUUUUCUGUAUCUUCUGACUGUCAGCUGUGUCUCCAAUCAAAAAACAGUCUCCUGGUGCGUGUUGUCUGAUGCCGAGGAGCAAAAGUGCUUGGAUUUGGCUGGGAAUGCUUCAGCCCGAAAUGUGAGAGGAACAUUGCAAUGUGUCCGUGGCCUGAACACCAGGGACUGUAUGGAUAAAAUCAAGAAUGGUACAGCAGAUGCAGCCUCCAUGUUUGGAGAUGACAUCUAUGCUGCUGGUUUCUGCCAUGGGCUGGAACUUGCUGCUGGAGAGUCCCACAACGGUGUAGAUGGUAUCAGCUACUAUGUGGUUGCGAUGGCCCGUCGGUCCUCAUCAGAUCUGUCCCUGCUGGAGAUGCACGAACGCAGCUCCUGUCACCCAGGAAUACGCACCACAGUGGGGUGGACUGUUCCUAUAGGCUACCUGGUCAACACGUCCCAAAUCAGCGUAGGAGAGCAGUGCAACUUCCCUAGAGUGGUGGGAAAUUUCUUCGGCUACAGCUGUGUUCCAGGUGUGAAGGACCCCCAGCACGAUCCCAGAGGCAACAACCCAAAGAACCUCUGUGAGGCCUGUAUUGGAGAUGAGAAUGACAGACACAUCUGUGCCAACAACCACAGAGAGAGGCACUAUGGAGAGGCUGGAGCACUGAGGUGCGUGGCUGAGAACCUCGGCGACGUGGCUUUCGUCAAACACACGACAAUCUUUGACAAUCUGGAUGGUAAGAACCAGGAGUCCUGGGCCCUGGAUCUGGAGCUGGAGGACCUCAAGCUGCUGUGUCCAGAUGGAACCGAGGCGGGUCUGGACGAGUAUGAGCGGUGCCAUCUGGCAGCAGUCCCUGCAAAUGCUGUGGUGGUGCGCAUGGAGGAUAAGUGCCGCGUCUGGAAAUACCUGGAACGUUUACAGAAUGCGUUUGGCAACGCCACCGAGGGCUUCAGCCUGUUCAGCUCAGCGGGCUACGGCCAAUCCGAUCUGCUCUUCAGUGAUGCCACCCACCACCUGCAGAGAGUUCUGGGUAGCUACACCUCUUGGCUGGGCCCCACUUACACCACCAUGCUGCAAGCCUUCGAGUGCGAGGGCUUCUGCUGAUGGAAGAGAAGGAAGACAUCCAGCGCAUCAACUUCCACCCCAUCCCGCCGUCUCCAUCCUCCAGUUCUGCCUUCUCCUCCCUGCCAUCUGCCUCGCUAUCUCUUCUUCUUUCUGCUUUGCUUAUGUUUGUUUUCUACCAGAAUUUCACCACUCAAUCUCUAUUAUUACAUCCUCACCCUCCUCCACCUUAGACGUCUUCGUAUACGCCGGCUAGCAGGGCAGGACGAUGCUACGAGGGGCUAAUCGGCCAUUAAAAUGUUCCUGAAAUUGAGCACGGCUGUUUUAAAAAGGACGAAGAAAUGGCAAUGAAAUAGAUAAUAAUAGAUCAGAAACAAAGUGCAAGUUAUUGACAGUUGUUACUGAGGGAAGAUUGUGAUCACGACUUGCUCAAAAACAUGAAAUAUUCCCAGCACAAAUUUCCAUACAGCAAGAAAAGAAAAAAGUCUUGUAUCGUGCAUUGCUUGGGAAAUUGCAUCCUUCUUGGCUUGUUGCAUUAGUCUAAGCUUCGAUACCACCCUCCCACCUCCCUCCCACAGGGUCCGUCUCUGGCACUGAACAACUGGGUGCUAUUAACUUUGAGCUUAGAAGUCUCAGUUACUGUAUGUGUGUGUGUUUGUGCAUGCUUUUUCCCCCACAGCCAUUAUUGCCCUAAUUGGCAGUCUGGCAUAAUAUACUGUUUGUGUGUGUGUGUGUGUGUGAGUGAGGGAGGAAGUGUGUGUCUGUAGGUUUAUGUGCCUAUGUGUUGAUAGAAUUGCUGCUUUCCCAUGGCUUGUAUAGCGCACUUACUUUGGAUCACUGCUUUCUCACGUCUGGUAUGGUGGACUGGACUGUGCCAGCUCACAGCGUAUUGUAACACUAUACAGUUUGGAGAAAAAAGAAGGGAUUGAAGCUUGGGUUUGUCUCCAAUGACCCCUGAGUGAGUCUUUGAUUAUUUUAUUCAUCUGUGAAACGUAUUUGCAUCAGCCACCAUGACUCCAAAUUCUCAACGAACCUUCUCCGUCUGUUGCUUUUGUGCGUUUCUGCAGUAUGUCAUUUAUACGCUACUAGUAGAGAGAUGAUAGGAGGUAAGAGUUACUAAUAGCAGGAGGAUGUUUAAGAUUGGAAGCAGAAAUUAGUCGGCUCAGCAUGUAGACUUAUGAAAGAGUUUGUUGUGAGAGGAGUUUUACUGAGUUUUCAAUGAAGAAAAGGUGAUUAUCCAAAAAAAGAAUCAUUUAUUUGCCUGACAUGUUAAAGGCACUAUAAUUAAAGAAAAUCACCAGCACAGUUUAUAAGCCUUACUUGACCUACUGAAUCAUGUACUGUAAAAUGCAUAACAGACUAUAAAUCUGGGGCUUUUUCCGCCACCUCUUUAUUAUUUUUAUUUUAUUAUUUUCACAUACUGCACCACUGAGAUCAGCAAUAAACUGAUAAAGCCGGAUGAAGUUCUCCUCUUCGAAUUGUGGUUUUGACCUCACCAGACUUACAAAUAAAGGAGUGUAUUUACAGAAAUUUGCAGAAAUA